AUAAUUUCAAUAAUAGUUGUUAUCUCUUAAAUAUACGGUGCAUCAAUAUUAAUGUAUUUGAAUGGCAAGUUAAAGUGACUCGUUAUAUUUUAACUUUAAUAGGCAUUUAAAGAGUGAAGUGGACAAAAUGCAUUUUUUAAGAAAUUUAAUAAUAUUCAUAAUUUUUUGUCUCGCGUUGGAAGUAAAUACAUAUCGUAUUUUGGGCAUUUUUCCCAUUGCGUUUAGAAGUCAUAAUAUAUUCUUUCAAGCGUUGAUGAAAGUUUUAGCUAAAAAUGGUCAUCAGGUGGAUGUUAUUUCACACUAUGAAUUUCCCAAACCAGUUGAAAAUUUAACAACAAUUGUCAAUUUGGCAAAAAUUGAUUUUCCAUUUCCACCAAAUGUAUUCGAAGAUCUAGAUGAUUGUUUUGCAAUUCUUGAAGAUGGAAUAAGAAUUCUAAGCGAAGAUUAUGGAACAAAAUUGUGUAAACUUAUGGAGCAUCCAAAAAUUAAGGAUAUUAUUAUGAACCCACCAAAUGAUCCGCCCUACGAUGCCAUCAUUGUGGAGGGAUGGGCCUUGAGUUGUUAUUACGGUAUCGGAUAUCUUUGGAAUGUACCAACGAUAACGGCUACUCCAAGUUUAGAAUUUCCGUGGAUUAGUCGACAAAUUGGAAAUCCAUUGUCAACGGCUUUCUUUCCAAAUUUCCUGAUGCCAAAAGCGAAAAUCGAAACAUUUGCAGAUCGUUUACAGAAUACGAUAAUGAGCAAUUACCUAAUAUAUAAAUUUUUCUCCUACACUGAUGAACCACAAACAAAAUUGAUGAGACAAAUUUUGAGUCCUGACAUGCCAACGGUCAGAGAAAUUGAAAGAACAGUUGCAUUGAGUGUGGUAAAUACUCAUUUCACUUUACAGGGAAUUAGACCCUUGACACCGGCAUUCAUCGAAGUGGGAGGUUUACAUGUUGAAGAGGAUGAUUCUUCAAUAUCGAAAAAUUUGCAACAAUGGAUGGAUGAUAGUAAAGCAGGUGUUGUCUAUAUGUCCUUUGGAUCAAUCGUAUUUUUCGAAUCAUUAUCAAAAGAAAAAAUAUAUGCUCUUUAUGCUUCAUUUUCAAAAAUUGCACCAGUUCGAGUGCUACUGAAAGCGAAAAAGGGGAAAAAAUUUCCACCGGGACUUCCUAAGAAUGUUAAGACAAUGGAAUGGGUACCACAAAUACCCCUACUGAGGCACAAUAAUACGCGAGCAUUUAUAACACACGGUGGUGUGCACAGUAUACAGGAAGCCAUUUACUAUGGUGUACCUGUUAUUGGAGUACCAUAUGUAUACGAUCAAGAUGCAAAUAUAGACAUUUUGAGAACCAAAAAAAUGGCCAUUCACGUUAAUCAUGAGGAAAUUAGUGAAAAAAUUAUGGACAAUGCACUAAAUGAGAUUUUGUACAAUCCAAUCUAUAGGGAAGCUGCGAAAAAUAUGUCACGAAUUUUUAAAGAUCGACCAGUAAAGCCAAAAAGAGCGGCUACAUUUUGGAUUGAAUAUAUAAUAAGAAAUGGAGCCGAAUCCCUAAGAUCACCUGCUGUAAAUAUGUAUUGGUGGCAAGUUGAAUUGCUUGAUGUUUAUGGAUUCUUAUUGCUUUUUAUAAUUUUAGUUCUUUACACGAUAAAAGUUAUUCUAAUACUCAUUUUUCAAAUGUGCUUCAAAGAGAAAAUCAAGUCAAACUUAAAGAGAAAUAUGAAUCAAAUUGGAAAAUUUUUUAUAAUAUUUUCAAUAAUUCUUUCAAUAAAAGUUGAGUCGUACAGAAUUUUAGGUAUAUUUCCAUUGGCAUUUAAGAGUCAUAAUAUAUUUUUUAUGUCAUUUAUGAAUGGUUUAGCUAAAAAAGGGCAUCAAGUUGAUGUCAUAUCAUAUUACGAACAUAAAAAUCCACACGAAAAUUAUAAAACGAUUAUUAAUUUGAGAAAUCUUAGUUACGAUCAUCCUGUAACACAAUUUGAAACUAUUGAACAGCCUAUUGCAAUUGUUGCCGAUAUUGUCGCUUUUUCAAAAGAUUAUUAUGGUGUCAAUGUUUGCAAUCUAAUGGCUCACGAAGAAUUGCAAAAAUUUCUUCGAAAUCCACCGAAAAAUCCAAGCUAUGACCUUGUCAUCACAGAAGGCCUAUCAACAAAUUGCUACUAUGGUCUUGGUCCAUUUCUAAACAUACCGAUAGUAGUUCUUUCAGCAUGUUUAGAACUAGCUCCAAAAUCAAUAAUAAUUGGAAAUCCACAAUCAACAGCAUUCUACCCAUCACUUUAUUAUAAGAGAUUUGAAAUAAAGACAUUUUGGGAUCGAAUGGAGAAUACAUUAAGAUCCGUGAUCAAUUCAUACAGAUAUGAGUCAUACACGGAAAAUCAAUCCGGAGCAAUGAAAAAAUAUUUAGGCUCAAAUAUGCCAACAGUGAGGGAGGUAGAGAGGAUGGUAUCUUUAUUUUUUAUAAACACAUUUUACACCCUACACGGAGUAAGACCGAUAAUUCCAGCAAUCAUCGAAGUUGGAGGACUACACAUUGAGGAAGAUGAUUCUAGUUUAACACCAAAAUUAAAACAAUGGCUAGAUGAAAGUACACAUGGAGUUGUAUUGUUUUCUUUUGGAACACUAGUACAUAUUGAAUCUCUUCCCAAUAAUGUGCUUCCCUCAAUUGUUUCAAUUUUUUUCAAACUUGCACCAAUGAGAGUUUUAAUAAAAUCAAAAACAAACUCAUUUCCGGUUCAGCUUCCAAAUAAUGUCAUUGCCAUGAAAUGGAUUCCACAAAUAUCUGUCUUAAGACAUCCUAAUACACGGUUAUUCAUUUCACACGGUGGUAUUCACAGUGUCAUGGAAGCUGUCUACUUUGGCAUUCCAGUUAUUGGAACACCCUUAUUUUAUGAUCAAAUACAAAAUAUUGAAAUGCUAGUCUCCAAAAAUAUGUGCAUUAGUAUAAAGUAUGAAGAAAUAACCGAUAAUACAAUAAAUGAAGCGUUACAAGAAAUAUUAAGCAUUUCAAAAUACAGGAAAGCAGCUAAAUAUCAAUCACAAAUAUUUCGUGAUCGACAAUUACAUCCAAGAGAUGCUGCAAGCUAUUGGAUAGAAUAUAUCGUAAAAAAUGGAGCACAUUCGUUACGAUCAUCAUCGGCAGAUAUGCAUUGGUGGCAAAUGGAUCAACUUGAUGUCUAUGGAUUUUUAUUACUUUGCAUGACAUUAAUUAUUGUCUUUAUUGCAAUCAUCAUUAAAAAUUUAUUAAGCAUUACCCGAAAACUAAUAUCAAAUCAAAAGAGAAAAACAGAAUAAUAAUAUUCAAUCAUUUUAAAUUUUAAAGCAUUAAUUUUAGAUCCUUGAAGUUAGCAUGGACGCUAAGCGUCAACAAAUUUACUAUUUCUGAGAAACAAUAAACAAUUGAAUAAUU